AUGUUGGAUAAUCCACAUGAUGCUGAACCUAUUCAGAAUAGUUCUAAUGCUAUCCAUAAUAUUCUCGAAGAAGUGGAACAGGUUGAACCUUCACAUAUUCAACCACUUGAUGGUUCUAUCCAUAAUAUUCCACAGAUUGGUAUGAAAUUUGAUUCGGAAGAAGAAUUGUAUGAGUAUUAUAGAAAAUAUGCGUAUCAAGUCGGAUUUGGAGUGUCCAAGGCAAACGUUAGAAGAAAGGGUGAUACAAGAUACUAUUCACUUCAAUGUUUUAAAGGAGGGGUAUAUGUAUAUAAGACUGAAUCUAGUAGGCCAAGAUUGUCGAGCAAAACUGGUUGCAAAGCAAAAGUGAGAGUAAUUGUUAAAAGCAGUGGCAAAUGCAGUAUCUCUUUAGUGUUGUUAGAGCAUAACCAUGUUUCAAGUCCAGCAAAGUCACGUUUUCAACGAUCUCAUAAGAAAAUGGAUUCAUAUACGAAAAGGAGGCUCGAGUUAAACGAUCAUGCGGGGAUCCCAUUACACAAAAAUUUUCAUUCAUUGGUUGUUGAGGCUAAAGGGUAUGAGAAUUUACCAUUUGAUGAAAGAGAUUGUAGAAACUAUAUUGCCAAAGUAAGACAACUAAGACUUGGAGUUGGGGAUGCAGAAGCGCUUCGUAAUUAUUUUGUUCGUAUGCAAAGACGCAGUCCAAACUUUUUCUACGUUAUUGACAUAGAUGAUGAAAGUCGUUUGAGAAAUGUAUUUUGGGCAGAUGCAAGAUCUAGGGCGGCUUACGAGUCAUUUGGGGAUGUUGUGACUUUUGACAGCACAUACUUAACCAAUAAAUACAGUAUGCCUUUUGCUCCUUUUAUCGGAGUGAACCAUCAUGGACAAUCUAUCUUAUUAGGAUGUGGUUUAAUAUCAUACGAGGAUAUAGAGACAUACGUAUGGCUAUUUAAGUGCUGGUUAGAAUAUCCUCAAGAGUUUGAAUACGGAUGGGCCAAAAUGAUUACAGAUUAUAGUCUUGAAAAAAAUGAUUGGCUCUCAUCCUUGUAUAGUGAUCGCAUGCAUUGGAUUCCCGUCUAUGUGAGAGUUAUAUUUUGGGCAGGAAUGUCUACUACCCAAAGAAGUGAAAGCAUGAAUGCUUUCUUUGACGGGUAUGUUAACUCAAAAACCACUUUGCGACAAUUUGUUGAACAAUAUGACAAUGCACUAAAAAGCAAGAUGGAGAAAGAAAACAAGGCUGACUAUGCAUCUCUACAUUCUUCAUACCAAUUGUUGACUCGGUAUUAUUUCGAAAGACAAUUUCAAGAGUCUUACACUAAUGCAGUUUUUAAGUUGUUUCAAGAUGAACUGAGAGGUAUGUUGUUUUGCAAUCAUUCAUUGUACCAAACAGAUGGCACAUUAUCAUUAUUUCAUGUGAAGGAUAUUCAAGAAGGUAAAUAUGAAGAAUACAAGAUAAACGUUGUAUAUACCGUGAGUUAUAACGAGGUUGGAUGUGAUAUCAAAUGCUCUUGUCAUUUGUUUGAAUUUCGAGGGAUUAUCUGUAGGCAUAUGGUUAAGAUCUUAAUUGAGAAGGGCAUUAAUGAAGUUCCAUCACGUUAUGUUUUGUGUCGAUGGAGAAAAGAUGUGAAACAUCGACAAUACUUUGUGACAAACUGUUAUGACGAUUUGAAGAGUGGAGAGCAAACUCAACAACUUGAUCGCAUGUGUACCAACUUUUAUGAAGCUGCAAAUAUCGUAGAUUCUCCAGAAAAGUAUGAAUAUUUGAUGAAGUGUAUAAAUAUUGCAAAAGAAAAGCUAAACGAUAAUUCGAUUUGGAGUGUUAACAAUAAUUUAAUCGAAGAUGUUGCAAGUGUUGGUGCUCAUGAUCCCUUGGAAUCGGCUAGCAGGUUAGUGUCGCCUAAGAAAGUAUCAAAAGAAAAAGCAGACAAACCACAACUUCAAGGAUGGCCAUUGUUGUCAAAUAUGUCAAAUGAGCAGGUGAAUUCGAGUUCCGUUACACUGACAAACACCACAACUUGUAUACAAGGAACAAUUCCUGUCCAUGAUAAUUUGUUAGCAAGUAGAUAUAGCUUUGAUCUUAAUGAGUGA